AUUAACUCAUGUUAACGAAUUGAACCUUAUUAUAAAGUGUUACUAGUAGUUUUUAGUAUUUUGGCAGUGUUUAUAGAAAACCUGGAGCAAUUAGUUAGUGUUUGAGAUUUUGCUAGUGGGUAGUGUUGCGUUAGUAGGUUUUGUGUUUGGAAUCAUGGAGUUCAGUGUGAAAAAUGCAGUGGUGACGACUUUAUCCAGUGCUAAAACUGGCCUUCACCUGUGGUUUAGGAAGAGGUUAACCCAUGGUUAAAUGUAGUGGGAAACCGACCAUGUGAUACAGUUCAGUAGUGCUGUUCAGUAGACACACAUUCAGUUGUCUUUCAGGUAAAAAUGCUGUCUCAAUUGGAGGUGUCGCGGGGGCAGUACGACCCCUCUCGAUACUACGACUCUCGUUCAAGCAGCCCCGUGAGCAGCGAGCACCCGCGCAGCCAGGACUCUCCCGCGAAAACCAAGCCCCCACCUCCCCCCACUGCUCUCAAACCUACCUACGUGUCCCGCACCUCCAGGGGCCUCUUAAACAGCCCCCCAGUACGGGACAGUGAACCCCUGGAGGACAGUCCUGACGAUCCCUCUAAGAGGUCUUUCCUGGGCAAAGUGAAGGCCUUUGAGCAGAUGGAUCAUUUGGCCCGGACACAGAAAGUCCUGGAGAUCCAAGAGGCUCAGAACGCCAGGUUGGAGAUUGCUCAGAAACAUCCAGACAUCUAUGCCGUCCCUAUGAAGUCUCAGAAACUGGACCACAGCAGGCCUCAACCUAUUGGCUCCAGUGCGCGACCAGAGCCCCAGACGCCUCCUUGCAAGCUGCCAUACACAGAGAGCCGCCCGCUCGGCCUUGGAAAAGCAGCGAGCACCCGCGCAGCCAGGACUCUCCCGGGCCUCUUAAACAGCCCCCCGGUACGGGACAGUGAACCCCUGGAGGACAGUCCUGACGAUCCCUCUAAGAGGUCUUUCCUGGGCAAAGUGAAGGCCUUUGAGCAGAUGGAUCAUUUGGCCCGGACACAGAAAGUCCUGGAGAUCCAAGAGGCUCAGAACGCCAGGUUGGAGAUUGCUCAGAAACAUCCAGACAUCUAUGCCGUCCCUAUGAAGUCUCAGAAUUUGUUACUUUCUUUUUAUAAGCCUGAUGAAGCAAAACUGUUUUAA